CGUCGAAUUGAAAAUUCGGGUUGUUUGUCUCGGUAUUCCGAGGUCCGACAUCGCCGCCAGCAAGCCGCCGGCUGAUUACUAAAUAACCCAACGGAGGUCAAAAUACCGGGCGAGUUCCAAUCUACCUAACUACCUUAGGUACAUGUAAAUGGACUUAUAUCAGUGCCUUAGGUAAUCGUGGAGUUGAAAACACCUUAAUCAAAAUUGGGACAUCGCUGAAAAUAUGUAAUUUAGUAAAAUAUUAUCAAAAGGGAAGCCGCAUUGCGUUCCCGUCGGUUGGGUACCAAUAAGGAUGUAUUCUGGUUAUUCUGCCGCCUGUUGCCGUGGAAACGCCAACUUCCCGGUUUCUCGCCCACAAUGAUACACAACGAUACAUAACGAUACACAAUCCCAGUCGUUACAACCUAGUCAUUCGUUAUUGUACCUGCGUGUGUUGUAUGCAUACCUCUAACCUACACAUCCCACUUCUUUCCCCACACCAAUGGCGCUCCCAGCUCUUUCGCAAUCAUAAGAUCACGUAUUCCAGUUUUUUUUUUCUACCGACGAUCCAAUCCCGCUCUCAUACUCCCAUACCUAUGAAUGUCUCUCAGUCCCGCCAGUUAAAGUGAGACCGUCCGCAGAUAUGGGUGCUCAGCAACCCUACAUGUACGAUGCCGAAAGGCGCGACUCUCGAUCCCCCGAAAAACCAUUCGAUCCAAAGGCUAUCACGAGAGCAAGCUGGGAACCGCAACCUAAGAGAAAGAAGCAGAAAGGGCCCUUCUUAGCCUUUAACAGACACCCUGAUGCGCAUGUGGUGCCGACUGGCCGCACCUCGAUGUUCAAACCUAUGAGCAGUACCACGAAGUGGUGGGUCAAGUUCAUGAGAUAUGUUCAAUUAUUCCUUCGCAUCCUAGAAAUGAUUGGAGGUGGUUGUUUACUUACCCUCAUGAUACUAAUCACCAAUGUUGAUCCUUUUGUUUCUUGGGUUAUGAGAAUCACACCCGGUGUUGUAGUCAUCAGUUGUAUCUACGCCAUCUGGCAUCUCAUAAGACCCGCCGGAUCAAGACCACCUGGUUCGUCGGCAGCCUACCAGAUGUUCGCUGCUGUUACGGACCUAACUGUUCUACCACUAUACGCCUUCGGCAUUAUCUCAGUUGUCAACCACGGCGAGGAGUGGGAACUUAUCAUAACGGCUUCUCCCGUACUUACCGAUUACCUAGUCCAGAGCGAGUACUUCACGCUCAUCAGCGCCGGCAGCCUGCACGUCAUCUCGCUUGGUAUAUCGAUUUGGUUGUGUUUGAUGUUUCGGCGAAUCGCUAGUAUGCCGCCGGACUUCAAUCCAUUGGAAGACCAUCUUACUUCUCGCGUUAAACAACACAAACGCAACAAGUCGUCCGUCGCAACCAGCUACACUGCAGUCUCGGAUGGCUCUGAACGCCUUGAUUCACCCUUUGAAAGCUAUCGCCACUCGCGACCACCUAGUAUCCCCUUCAUGCACACGCGCGCCGGUUCUAGAGACUCUUUUGCUUCGUCGAAGCGUGAUUCGCGAUGCGAUCUCCCCAGCAGACAGUACCAAAUCACACCGGGCAACUCCCCCCGCGAUAGUGUUGCGGAACUGAAACGCCUAUCCACCCCGCAAGUCGCUCAGCGUGCAAGCUAUACCGAGUUCCCACUCCACGAGACCGGCGCACAGUCGCCAGCCUCCUCAUCCCGGCCCAGCAGCAUUACCCUCGCUCCAACUCCCUCCCCUCACCAACCCACCAACGCAUCCCCAACCCGCAUCGCCAAGUUCACCGAAGCGUGGUACGCCUCCGAGUCCCUUAUCAACCGCACGCAGGAGCGGCAGCGGGCCCUAAACGCCGCCGAGCGAGCGCGGAAAACCAAGUCCCUGCCCCAGUUCCAAUCCCAGCAGUACGAGGCCGUAAAUCAGCGAUACAACUUCGAUGACUCGGAAGACGAACUCUCGGACCGCGAGAACAACGACAUGAUGCGCCCGGACGACUCCGACUUCGAGGCCGACGACGUGCCCAGCAGCCCCAUCGACGUCAUGGGCCACCUGCGGCCGAACCCGCUGCGGCUGAACCCGACCCCGCAGGGGCAGCCGCAGCUCGUGCAGAAUAGGCAGAAGACGCCGUUCCAGGAGGCCAGCCACAACGCGCAUAGCGCGAGCGUUAGCCGGGACAUCGUCGACGAGAAGGCCAACAGCAACAACAACAACAGCAGCAGUAGUAAUAGUAAUACGGCACGAGCGCCCUCCUUCUGGCGCCGCAGCUUGAUCGUGCCGAAAGGCGGCAGCGGUGGCGGGCGCAACAGGGACUCGUCGAUCCAGCCGGACGGCGACUUCUACGCUAAGCCCUACGGCGAACUGAAGCCCGCCACGCCGCCCGUCAUGAUCGGUGGCAAAACAGCAGCAGGAGGAGGGAAUCGUCAAGUCUCGUCUGGAAACGAUUAUGGCGACUUGGGGAGCGGGAUCGCGGGCGCGUGGAGAAGGAAUGUUAGUGGGAAGAUUGCGGAGGAGGGGCUAGGAGGAGGAGAAGGAGUGGGGAAUAAUAAGUAUUCUCGAUACAGCAUUCUGAACGAUGAUUAAGCAAUGUUAAAUUAAGUUGGGGGAAACGUUGGGAAUGCCUUUGGAUUGUUGGUUGGUGGAAAUGAGGGCCGCCUUGGAGUUACGGUUUUUUUGUUGGAUCUUCUUUGCUGGGUUCUCUGGAUAGGGGAUCGGGCAGGAGAAGGAGGGGGAGAUGUGGACAUGGCUUCACGGAUGUAAGAUUAGGACAAACGAAACAGAAACAGGAACAAGAACUGGAACUGAAUCUCGGUCGGUCAGGUUGUUAAUGUUCUGGUUUCAUGGCAAUGAUGUGCAGAUAGAAGAUUUACUCGGUUGUAAUAUAAAGCUGUAUAUCCUUCUAUCCGGUACAGGUGAGUUUUGCCAAAUUACCUGAUUACCUAACGUAAAAUAUCCAUAGUACCUUCUAGUCUUUCUAGUGGCCACUGGGUGAUAAAGUGAUUAACCUAUCUGGGUUAACCG